AUGUCUGCACAAAUAGCUCAGAACAUCUCGCCUAUACCGCCUAUAACUGCAGUUGAAGAAUUCAAUGAAACAAAUGAAACAGAAGAAGACGCAUCGGAAAAUUAUGAUGCGACACUUUUGGGUAGUGAUAAUUCCUUGGAUGAUGGUACCCUGGGUGAUAAUUCCUCGAGCACAAGUUCUUCAGGAAUUCUUGUUCAAGAUAGUCCAAGCAAUGAAGCUACACCUUUAACACAAAGUCUUAAUACUUCUCAAGUUUUGAUUUCACUUGAUAAUGACAAUGAUAAUGAUCCCGGGUUAGUAAACAGAGAUAACAAUGACGAUGGGUCUUUUGUAGAUGCAGCAGAAGAAAUUGGAAAUGAAAGUGCUGAAAAUACAGCAACAGAAAAUUAUGAAGCUACAUUGAAAAGACCUGAACAAGAAGAACAAGAACAAGAAUCAAAUCCAGUAUCACCGUAUAAAAGUGAUCGCCGUGAUAAAAGAUCAAAUAAUAAAUUUGCUAUUAUUUUAAAUACCGCAUUUGAUAUUACACUUGCUGGCCUUUUCGUCGGUUGGCUUGUUUCCAGACGACCACAUGUUGGAAAACAAAGUUUGGGAAUUGGGACUGUCGGACUGACGAUUAUUUAUGGGGCUCAAUGGUACACAUAUAAUAGAUGGUUCAAGGAUGAAUAG